UACUGGGACGCGCGCGCGGCGGGACCGUGGCGCGGGGCAGCCUGCGAGCUCCCGCUGCCAGUCCCGGGGCCGGCGAGGCCAUGGACAACCUGCGCCGGCGCGUCGAGCACUUUCUGGAACAGAAGAACUUUGCCACCGAGGCGCUCGGGGCGCUCGAAGCCAGGACCGGUGUCGAGAAGCGGUAUCUGGCCGCGGGAGCCGUCACUCUGCUAAGCCUGUAUCUUCUCUUCGGCUACGGGGCAUCUCUGCUCUGCAAUCUUAUCGGAUUUGUGUACCCCGCAUAUGCCUCAAUCAAAGCUAUCGAGAGCCCAAACAAAGAAGACGACACUGUGUGGCUGACCUACUGGGUGGUGUACGCCCUGUUCGGGCUGGCAGAGUUCUUCAGCGAUCUUCUCCUGUUCUGGUUCCCUUUCUACUACGCGGGCAAGUGCGCCUUCCUGUUGUUCUGCAUGACCCCCGGGCCCUGGAACGGGGCGCUGCUGCUGUACCAGCGGCUCGUGCGUCCGCUCUUCCUAAAGCACCACGCAGCCGUGGACAGCGCCAUGAGCCACCUCAGCGGCCGGGUCCUGGACGCGGCAGCCGGAAUAACCAGGGACGUGCUACGGGCCCUGGCCCGGGGCCGGGCACUCGUUACCCCAGCAGUGGUGACAGAAGUCCCCAUCGCCCUGGAAGGCGACUCCCCACCAAGCCUGAGCCCUCCACAGAAGGGCAAGUGAAGCUGCCAUCCCGCUCUGGCACAGACAUCCCAGCUGGUGAGAAGGGGCACAGUGCCAGCCCCCAGCUGUCCACAGAGGCCCCUGCCAGCUCCCC